GGUCCUUUCAGUUCUCAGGUUGAAGCGGGUUUGAUUCACUCUUCCUCCUCCUCGCGUCUCGCUGUGUUCUACCUCAGUCCUGAAACACGAGGAUUUUUUUUUUCUACAACUAUUUUUUUUUUAGUUCUUUUUCCUCAGUAAAAAUGGCCGAUACUGCUGUAGACACCACCACCACUACAGAGAUCACUGCAAAGGAUCUGAAGGAGAAGAAAGAAGUUGUGGAGGAGGCACAAGAGGAGGAGAAGAAGGAGAAGAAGGAGAACGGAGACGCACCUGCUAAUGGCACAGCGACUAACGGUGCGUCUCAUGAAGAAACCGACAAGGUGGACAAAGCAGCCGAAGAGCCAGCUGCAGAGGGGGAGGGUGAGGAGGAGAAAGCUGCUGAAGAGGAAGCAGAUGGGGAGGCAGUGAAACGUCCCGCGGAGGAGGAGGAGAAGGAGGAGUCGGUCGAAACAAAGAAACAGAAGACUGAGGAGAACGGCGAAUCCACAGAAGCCGAGGCUGAAGCGACGGCCUGAGGCUUUUUCCUCUGCGGUUCUGUUUGGUCAAUCUGACAGUAGAGUUUGUGCUUCUGUGUAUAUUUAAUUUUGUUAUCGCUCCACCCUUAUGAAACAUUCAAUUACACUGAUGUCUUAACAUCAUGGCCCCGUCUUUAUCUUUUUUUUUUUUCUUUUUUUUUUGUAUGAUGUUAUUUAUUGGUGUAGGAACAAUGUGUUAGGGUCCUGUUAUAUAAAAUCUAUGAAUUUUUUUAUGCACAAGUUAAAUGUGCGAGCACAUUCUAUUGUUUGGGUUUUUUUGUUUUUUUUGACCAGCAGAUACGCACCCAUAAAAAACCUACAAGUCGCCGUAUAUAACGUAACGAAUAAUUUUUUUUUUUUUUUUUUUUUUUCCCCAUGUUCUGAUGUUUAUAUGUCAGAUUCACUUAAGACCAAAGAUAAAAGUUUUAAGCAGGGGCUAAUGGACGACAUUUUAAUCCUGGUUGUUUUCUGCUGCUAGUAGUUAAUCCCUUGCUUUGGCUUAUCUGUUAACAGAACAGAUGGUGUCCAUGAAUGGGUCUCCUUACAUUGUGAGAGUUGAGAAGAAAAGAUAACUUUGUCCUUUCCUGACUAGCUUAUGUUAAUUAACCCCUCUUAAACCUUAAGGUUUUUGGUCUUUUGUUUCAUAUGCAUUCCAGAAGGUUUGUAACUUUCCACGUCCGUAUGUACAGGUUAUUUUUAUUUUACUUUUUUGUUUUUUGCAGGGGGGGGUAUAGGAGUAUGGGCAGUGCAGGAUGGGAAACGGUCAACAUGCUGGCACUGGUGUUUUGUGUUUUGGUUGCUUUUGACCACUGCUUUGUAUAUUCUGGUUCAGGCGUAUAAAUAAAAUCACUCGUCUUUUUAA